AUGCGAAAAAAUCGGAUCAGCCUGCUCGGGCUGGUGCUCCUCGUGGGGCAAAGCUUGGGCCAGCCCGCUUCCCAAUACCCCAUCGUCGACCCUAAUCAUUACGGGGCUGACUCGAACCCCUGCUACGAUGCCGUUACACUGGGUCCCCAGCGAUGUGUACCGGAUUUCAUUAACGCGGCUUUCCAACGGGAAGUCGAGGUGACAAAUACUUGCGGAGAGCAUGGCCCUACAACUUUCUGUGUCCAAACCGGUCACUCGCAACUGCGCAGCGUUUGCGAUACUUGUGAUUCCCGACAUCCGUCCUUCGCCCACCCCCCACGACAACUCACCGACUUCAACAACGCGAACAACGCAACGUGGUGGCAGUCGGACACGAUGCAGGAGGGCAUGCAGUACCCAAAUUCGGUCAAUUUGACCCUGGAUCUCGGCAAGACCUUCGACAUCACCUACGUGCACUUGAAAUUCGUCUCUCCGCGUCCUGAGUCGUUUGUCAUCUACAAAAAGACGAAGCCGGACAGCGAGUGGAUUCCGUGGCAAUUUUACAGUUCCUCAUGCCGCGCCACUUUCCACGUCGCCGAAAAAGCGCCGAUUCUCCCCGGAAAUGAAGCCGUCGCUCAGUGCUCGAAAGAGUUCUCCGAUAUUUCCCCCAUUACCGGCGGUAAUAUUGCGUAUUCCACCCUCGAGGGACGACCCUCGGCGCACGCUUUUGAAGAUUCUGAUGUUCUCCAGGAGUGGGUAACCGCUUCAGCCAUUCGUGUCCACCUCGUCAGGAUGAACACGUUUGGAGAUGAAGUUUUCGGUGAUCCUCAGGUGCGUCGCUCCUACUACUACGCCAUCUCCGAUUUCGCCGUCGGUGGUCGUUGCAAGUGCAAUGGGCACGCCAGCGAAUGUGUGAAGUCGACGGGAGAGGGAGAAGCUCAUCGCAUGGUCUGCCGCUGCGAGCACAACACCCAGGGGUCCGACUGUAACGAGUGUCAACCCUUCUUCAACAAUCGCCCGUGGCGCCCGGGCACGGCCCAGGAGGCCAACGAGUGCGUUGCCUGCAACUGUUCGGGACUCUCAAACCGUUGUUACUUCGACUCGGCCCUGUACAACGAGACCGGCCACGGUGGUCACUGCAUCGAUUGUCAGGGAAAUACCCAGGGAGUGCACUGCGAAGAGUGUAUGCCGAAUCACUGGCGGAGACCCGGAGAGAACUUCUGCCUUCAGUGCCGUUGCAAUGAGCAAGGCUCAAUCUCCACCCAAUGCGACGGCCAGGGCCAGUGCAUGUGCAAGCCGGGAGUUGGCGGCCAGUUCUGCGACCAGUGCCUCAACGGUUUCUACGAGUUCGGACCAAACGGCUGCAAAGACUGUGAGUGCGAGGUAGCCGGAAGCUUCGACAACCAGCCACUUUGCGAUGCACACACCGGAACCUGUACUUGCAAGAGCAACGUUGAGGGACGGCAAUGUAACAAGUGCAAGCCGGGAUAUUUCGAUUUGUCGAAGGAAAACAUGUUCGGAUGUUCCCCUUGCUUCUGCUAUGGCCAUUCGUCGAUUUGCUCAUCUGCCGACGGAUACUACGCUGUGAAUAUCACAUCGCAGUUUGAUACCGACAAAGAAUCCUGGGGUGGACUCUCCGCCAGAGGGCCGGUAGAUGCUCAAUGGGCCGAGAUCGACAAGGCCAUUGCCGUCCAGGACCUGGAAGGAUUUCCUGUAUACUUCACUGCGCCGAACAUGUUCACCGGGGACCAGCGCGCCGCCUACAACCAGGACCUCGUCUUCAGCCUCCGCGUGUCAAAGGAUGGAGCAAGAGCGAGUACCAAAGACGUUGUCAUCGUCGGAUCUGACGGUGCUGAGCUUUCCAUCCCGAUCUUUGCCCAAAACAACCCACAGCCAAACACCAACUUCCAAGACUACAAAUUCCGCAUUCAUGCUGAUAACGUCUUCCAGUGGCACCCCCGUCUCAACGAGCUCGACUUCAUCGGCGUCCUCUCCAACGUGACCGCCCUGAAAAUCCGCGGUACCUACACGUACAACGACGUCGGCUUCCUGAACGACCUGUAUCUCGGAUCGGCCGGUCUAGCUCCUAGCGAGUCGGAGCCAACUCGUGCUCACUGGGUCGAGCUCUGCGAGUGCCCGGACAGCUUUGUUGGGCAGUUUUGCGAGUCCUGCGCUGCUGGAUACCGUAGGGAGCGGAAAUUCGGAGGGCCCUUCGAUCGGUGCAUCAAGUGCGAUUGCCAUGGACACUCCGACAGUUGUGAGGCCGAGAGCGGUGCCUGCAUCUGCAAGCAUGACACCGCUGGAGAUACCUGCGAGCGUUGCGCGCGUGGCUACUAUGGUGAUGCCCUCCGCGGCACUGAAGAGGACUGCCAGAAAUGUCCUUGUCCCGAGGAUGGCCCCUGCGUUUUGCACUCUGACGGUGAUGUUCUUUGUACCGAUUGUCCGACCGGAUACACUGGACGGCGAUGCGACGAGUGCUCGGACGGCUUCUUCGGGAACCCGAAGAUCGAGGUCGAGUGCAAGGAGUGUGAGUGCUCUGGAAACACCGACCCGAACAGCAUUGGAAAUUGUGAUAAGAUCUCCGGCGAGUGCAAGAAGUGCAUCUACAAUACCGACGGGUCUCACUGCGAGAAGUGCAAGGCCGGCUUCUGGGGAGAUGCGCUGAAGGAGCCGAAGGGAGACUGCAAGGCUUGCCGAUGCUUCGCUCCCGGAACUAACAGACCUUCGAACGACUACACCCUUCUGGAGUGCGGUCAGGCCGAUGGACAGUGCGAUUGUCAGCCCCAUGUUAUUGGGCCGCAGUGCGACCAGUGCGAGCACGGCUACUACAACAUCACCUCCGGCUCCGGAUGCGACUCCUGCCAGUGCGACCCGCUUGGAUCGAUCGACUCGACUUGUGAUGUCGUGUCUGGACAGUGCAAGUGCAAGCCGGGAGUUACUGGACGCCGAUGCGACGAGUGCGCCCCGUACCACUUCGGAUUCUCGGCCGAGGGCUGCUCACCUUGUGAUUGUGAGCCGAUUGGAUCAGAAAGCGCCCAGUGCGACGUCAAGAACGGCCAAUGCUUGUGCAAGGACAACAUCGAGGGCCGAAGAUGCGACCAGUGCUCGGAGAAUCGCUACAACCUCGGUGCCGGCUGCCUCCUCUGCGACGACUGCUACACGCUGAUCCAAUCCCGCGUGAACGUGUUCCGCGAGAAGGUCAAGAACCUCGACAACACCUUGAGGGAGAUUAUUGAGAACCCGGCGCCGGUUGACGACUCCGAGUUUGACAACAAGGUCAACGCCGUCGGCGAACAGGUCACCGAGCUGGCAAAUGCCGUCAUGAAGAAACUGGAAGCCGACGACUCGCAGCUGAUCAACCAAGUUUCCCAGCUGAAGAAGGACGUUGAGUCGGCCUUCGAAGGGCUCAAGACGAUCGAUGGCGUUAUUGACGGCGCCAAGGGCAAGACCGAGAGCACCGAGCAAGCAUUAAGGAGAGCCCGAAUUGUUAUGGAAACGGCUCGUAAUGAGCUCGAGAAUGCGCUCCACUACUUGGAGGUUGAGGGCAGCGAGCAGUGGGAACGAGCUCAAGAGGCUAGCAGGAAAUACGGUGAACAAUCCGCCCAAAUGUCCUCUAUUGCGCAGAAAACCCGAGAGGAGGCUGAUCGCCAUGAUAAGCUGAGCCUUGAGGUCGAGAAGAUGGCUGAAGAGUCACUGGAAACCGCUAGAAAAGCCAGCAAAGAGGCUCAGGAUGCGAUUUAUGGAGGAGAGCAAAUCUCGAAGCAAAUCGACGAGAUGCAACAGAAGCAGACAGCCAUUAAUGCGUCGUUGAUCCGGACGAGGGAGCUGGCCGAGCAACAGAGGAAGGAGGCCGCUGAAGCGAACCAGAAGGCGGCUGAAGCCCUGACGACGGUUGACGCGUUGAGGCCACCAAAUGUCGACCCGAAUGAGCUCAAACUCGAAUCCGAGCGCAUCACCGACGAGGCCAAGAAGACCCGCGAGGACAUCAACAAGGAGGUCGACAACAACAAGGAGAUGCUUGAAGAUGCCCUGGCCGCACUUGCCGAGGCCGGAAAUGAGCUCCAGAAUGCCAGGGAGCAGCAGAAGAUCUCUGAUGAGCAAUUGGCCGAGGUCGACGCUUCCCGGGCAAAGGCCACUGAAGCUCUGGAGCAGGCCGAAUCGACGCUCAAGGAGGCCGAGCGCACACUGCUCACCCUCCAAGAAUUCAACGACAAGGUGGAGACGAGUAAGGCGUCGGCUGAAGCAGAGCUUGCCAAGAUCAGCGAUAUCCAGGCCGAGAUCGAGAAGGCCAAGGCGAAGACGGCGGAGGCCGAGCGGGCCAUUGGAACUGCGGCACAGGAUGCGCAGAAGGCAAAGGACCUGGCUUCAAAGUCUGGCGACGAUGCUGCUCUGGUCGGAAAGCAAGCCGACGAGCUUGUUGAAGCUACAACGGCAACUAGAGAUUCGGCCAAGACACUGAAGGACGAUGUAGACACUUUGUCUUCUGACUUGGGAUCGACCGAGCAAGAGCUUGCUACCUACAUCUCGCAGGCUGAGAACGAUAAGGCUAUGACUGGAGAGGCGGUCCGUAAGGCUUCACUUGCUGCCAUGGACGCCCGAACGGCGAACAACACCAUCACCGAGGAGAGCGACCAGAUCAAGAGGAUUAUCGACAAAUUGAAUGCCCUGGAAGACGUGAACAACUCCGAGCUCGAGGAGCUGGACGGUCAGCUGAACGACAUCGAGCAGCUGCUGGCGAAGGCAGAUCUGGCUAACCAGAUUCCCGCCCAGAAGACGAAUAAGUUGGAGGAGGAGCGCAAGAUUUCGCAGAUGAAGAUCGACAUCGACAUGUUGACCAAGGAGGUUGCCAACCUCGAGCAAAUCCGCGCCGCCCUCCCCAACCGCUGCUUCAACCGGGUCGGCCUCGAGCAGGAGGGCCAGAAGAAA